GGCGCUCGGCUGCAGGAGGGCGAGGGACCACGUGACCCUCAGUCUGCUCGGGUCCAGGACAGUCGCCGGAGUGCAGGUGUGAGUGGUAGCAGAGCGUGGUCGUCAUGGUAACACGAGUAGCUACAGCACACUUCCCAGACAAGACUCUGGUGGGAGUGCCACAGUUGCUGGAGGACCUUCAAAGGCUGUCAGAGGACCACGAGUCUGCUGACAUCGUAUUCCUGGUGGGGCGAGAGGAGGUGCCCGUCUACGCCCACAGGAUCAUUCUCAUGGCCAGGUGCCGCAGCUUCCAGACUGCCAAGAGGACAGAGGUUUGCCGCAUCCCCGGUUGCUCGGUGUCACCAGCCGCCCCCGGCACGCCGUCACCAGUGCGCCUGCCGCAGUUCCAGGGCGACACCUUCCGUCAGUUCAUCGCCUAUGUGUACACCGGCAAGAUCAUACUGCAGGACAGCGGUGUGUUCGAGAUUCUGUGCCUGGCGCAGGAGCUGGGUGUGGAAGUUCUGCGCAAGGCCGCCGAGGACCACGUUGCCUCUACCAUGUCUGUGCUGAACGCCUGCACCUUCCUGGCCGCUGCUCUCGACAUCCAGGACCGCUGUGCUGGAGGCAAAGGCGCCAAGUCUUUCGUGGAACGUUGCAUCUCGUACGUUGGUGAGAAUGCUGCUGAGUGUGUGAAGACUAACUCCUUUCUCAAUCUCUCGAAGGAAGCCCUCAUCAAGUUGAUAUCUUCAGAUUAUUUGUCCCUGGAGGAGGAGGAUGUGUGGCGUGCUGUGCUAAGCUGGGCCAAGCACCAGGCUGGCGUGACACAGCCGACUGCUCACUGGACUGAGGAAGAGCGCGCACGCGUCUGUCAGCAUCUUGCUGGUGUCAUCAACCAUGUGCGCCUGCUGCUCAUAGACAGCCAGGUGUUUGCUGAGGAAGUGGAGCCCACAGGUGCUGUGCCCAUGGAGCUGUCGCUAGAGCGAUACCGCUUUGCAGCGCUGCCCAACAAGUUCCGCGAGAGUUCUGAGGACAAGCGGCUGCAGCCUCGUGUGUCGCUGCAGCUGUUCCCUGGCUCGCAGGUCCUCAUGCAGGACAAGUUGUCGUACCAGCGACUGCUCAACACAUGGCACGGGAACUCGAAGCAAGUAUGGCGAUUGGUGUACCGCGCGUCCAGCCAUGGCUACUCUGCUGAGGCCUUUCACCGUCACUGCGACGGCGUGGCACCCACCUACGUCAUAGUCAUGGGCGCCCGCGGGGAGAUAUGCGGUGGCUUCAGUGAUGUGCCCUGGGGCAAGACAAACACCAAAGGCCACUACAUCCCAUCGGACAAGGCAUUUCUGUUCACUUUGACCAAUGACCAGGAUCUGCCCCCCACCAAGUACGACAUCGUCAAGAAAAUGUUUGCUGUUUGCUACCACCCUGACUGCGGGCCCAUAUUCGGGGCGGGGGCAGACCUGCUGAUCGCUAGCAACUGUAACACCAACAUGGACAGCUACUCCAACCUGCCGCACAGCUAUGACGGUGACAACGCCUCCUGCACCGUCCUCAUGGGGGACUACAACUUCUCCGUGCUGGACUACGAGGUGUUCACUCCGGCGGGCAAAUAACCGCUGCCUCGCUGGCUCCCGCAACAAAGAGACUGUUUUGUUUGCCAAAGUGUUCAUCACACAGCAAUCUCUGAUCAGCUGCUAUUUCUCUGGGCCAAGUACGGCUUGUCUGCACUCAGGACACAUCUUCAGCUUCUCCAGCAGAUACGCCAGAAUAAGCAACGUUCAUAAAUAACAGUCAAAUAUUAGUACUACCAUUUUGUUAAAUGUCACCCCGAUUUUAGUCACCGACAUCAUCACAUGGUGAUCUUCAAGUUGCAUAAUUGAAUAAAAUAGUUAUUAAAUUGCCAUUUUGUAAUCAUUUGUAACUUAUUUCUAUGUACAAAUACUAUUAAAAUGAUAAUUUUCUCACCA